AUGCCCCAAGCCGCCCGCGCCUUCGAAUCCACAAAGCAAACCUCCGAAGCCGUCCUCUCCGACGCUUCAAACGCCAUGUCCAAAGCCGCAGAGAACCCAAAGAAAGCGACCACAGACCUCCUCCAUACUCCCUUCAUGCGCGCCGCCCUCCCCUUUAUCAACGGCGGCCUCGCAGGCAUGACCGCCACAACCGUCAUCCAGCCCGUCGACAUGGUCAAAGUACGCCUGCAACUCGCCGGCGAAGGCGUAAAAACCGGACCCAAACCCACGCCCGUAACCGUAUUUAAAGACAUCCUUGCGCAAGGAAAGGUCAUGGACCUAUACACCGGCCUGAGCGCCGGUCUACUCCGCCAAGCAGUUUACACCACGGCGCGCCUCGGCUUCUUCGACACAUUCAUGAAAUCCCUCACCGCGUCCGCAGAAGCAAAAGGCAACGCUAUCGGCUUCAAAGAGCGCGCAGGCGCCGGUCUCGCUGCAGGCGGUCUUGCCGCCGUCGUGGGAAACCCCGCGGACCUCGCGCUCAUACGCAUGCAAUCGGAUGGCUUGAAGCCCCUGGCGCAGCGCGCAAAUUACACAUCUGUCGUCGACGCACUCAGUCGGAUAGCGAAGAAUGAGGGCGUGGGUAGGCUGUGGGCUGGCGCGUAUCCGACCGUUGUGCGCGCGAUGGCGCUAAAUUUCGGACAGCUGGCAUUCUUCUCUGAGGCGAAGAAUCAGCUCAAGACGACGAAUCUCUCGUCGCGGACUCAAACGCUCACUGCCUCAGCCGUCGCAGGCUUCUUCGCGAGUUUCCUGUCGCUGCCGUUCGACUUUAUGAAGACACGCUUGCAGAAGCAGACGCGUGCAGCGGACGGGAGUCUGCCUUAUAAGGGCAUGUUUGACUGCUUCAGAAAGGUUGCAGCCGAGGAGGGGUUAUUAAGAUUCUAUCGUGGUUUCGGAACUUAUUAUGUGAGAAUUGCGCCGCAUGCGUGA